UUUUAUAGUUAGUAUAACUUUUACAUUGACCAGGUAAAUCAUGGUUAAAGACAAAAAAUUAUGAGAAAUGAAAAUACUCUUCAAAUAACAUCAUAUGUAAUGAAAGUUUUUACUAAGAUAAUAUUUGGUACACAUAAAUAUGUUUUUUAUUAUUUAGAUUAUAAUGAGCCUUUAACUAUAAAUUUUUUCAUUGAUUCAAAUAAAAAAUGACGCUUUAAAUGGAUAUCAAGCACUGAAAAAGUUGGAUUUUUAAACAUGUUUGGUAAGUAGGAGACCUCCUCUUUUCUCCACACAUAGCAAGUUAAGUUUUUCUUCUUCCAAAUGGCUAAAAAUCACCUACUUAUCGAUAGCCCACAUCCUACAUCCAUGUUAACAUGUAAUUAUUUAACUAAUGGAUUUUUAUUUCUUUUGUUCUUUGUGUAAGUAUACCUGUAUACCCAGGAGUUUAUCCUAUUUUGGAAGGAUCUUUAUUAAGCUAUUUUUAUUAAGCUAGGAAUGAUUUUACUACACAGGGAACUGAAUGUCUUGUACCAAAUGAACUUUCCAUUCAAUGGUAAAGUAUAAUCUUGAAAAAAUUCAUCCGAUAGAUGCAUUGUGAUUCAUAAGAGCUUAAAUAUCUAACGCAGUGAAGGGGUUAGAAGUAAAUACGUGUACAAUGAGGGAGAGCCACGUGGGGCGAUGAAAUUUACAUAAAAAUGCCGGUUGAUGAACAGCUGGUCAUUCGCGGCUCACGGUAUGAUCAGUUAUUGGAUACCGGCUCGCGGUAUCAAGUCGAUCGAAUGCCGUAACGGGGACGCGAACUGUAGUAUUAUACCCUGUAUCUAUGCCUAUACUUAUGCAUGAGUAACUGGUUUACAUGUUGCUACGAUCGAGUUCGCUUGCUCGUUUCGUCAACGUGCGCAACCUAUACCACCACAAGUCACGACACUGACCACUGUGAAGACAGUACCUAGGAACUGCACUCAAAAUUUUAUCAAAUUGCCAAUGUACACUACUGGUGCACCUGACUUGUUUUGUCACACGACUCACUUGACUGUAUCUAGUAGAUUAAACGGCUCCAUUCGAGAGAUAAGGCAGCAGCUGCUCAGUCGGCAAGGGCAACAUAAACACGGCGCAGUCCUAAAGCCCGCGAGUCGCCAUAACGUACGACCAUCGUCCAUCGCUGGCCGAUAUCGUUUCUCUAUUCCAGCUGCAGUUCAGUCCAGGGAUCGAAGAUGAGCGAAACAGCAGUCAACGGGAACUCGAGCGAGGAUAACUGGCAAAACGCAGACGAGCUUUUGUCCAGAUUCGACAAGAACAAAGACGGAGCUCUAGACCUUGGCGAAUUCCAGGAACUUUGUCUCGAGCUCUUUGGCACGGACGAAAUCGAUAGACACGGGGACAAGCUCGUCGAUAUCUUUCAGGCGCUCGACGCUAAUUCGGAUGGCUUUCUCGACGACUACGAAUGGCAAACCUGCUACGACAACUGGCUGAAGGUUGUUAUAAAACCAGUCAACAUAUUUUUGAUCGUCGAUGUACAAAAUGAUUUUAUCGAUGGAACACUGGCUUUGAGAAAUCUGGGCUUAGGUCAAGAUGCAGCUGACAUCGUGGGACCAAUUAAUACCCUUAUUACAGACUGUCAUUGGGACAAAAUUAUCUAUUCCCUCGAUUGGCAUCCACCUAAUCAUAUUGGAUUUUAUGAUAAUUUGCAUUUGCGUGAGCUACAUCCCGAUUCUAAGGUAAAAAAGGAGGAUGCUAAAGUUUUUGAUACAGUGUUAUUUUCGAAGCCUAAACGGGAACAAAAGUUGUGGCCGAUUCACUGUGUUUUUGAUUCAUGGGGUGCUCAAUUACACAAAGAUCUCAUUAUAGCGCCAAACUCUAUACAGAUAAAGAAGGGUCAAGAUCCAGAGGUGGACAGUUAUUCAACAUUCUUCGACAACAACUUGGAAAAAGCGACAGAGCUACCGCAGAUCUUGGAACAGUUGGGCGCAACGGACAUUUACAUGUGCGGCCUGGCGUUCGACGUGUGCGUCUGCUCAUCAAGCUUGGAUGGCUUACGACUCAAUUAUCGAGUGGCCCUCAUUGAGAACUGUUGCCGCGGCGUGGAUCCCGUGCAGAUGGCUGGGGCUAAGAAAAAGAUCACCGAGCGGGGCGGUCUUAUUCUACAAUUGGAACAAGUCAAAGCUCACGUGGAAGGCAAGACCAGGAGCCUCGUGAUGGCGUUACAGGGCGCCAAAGCUCUCGCUAAGCGACGAUCUUUGCUCUAGUGAACAACUCUGUCGAUUCAAAGUCGCAAUGCAGGACCUGCUAAAUCAAUAUGUACUGAAAAACACGGAGAUCUGAGUAACAUUAAUCACGUCAAAAGUAAAUAGCAAUUCAACCGAAUACGAGCAAGUUGCGCUUAAUAAAUAAAUUUAUAUAUUUGACAAUAUAUUUCAAAAUUAUGCGAAAAUUGCAAAUUCUAGCAUAUUACUGAAGCAUAUAUUCUUUUACAAAAAUGUCCAUUUAUAUCAAUAUCGAUUUCAUGGCACCCCCGGAUGGCCAUGUUGCAAUUUCAAUGGCGAUACCAUGUCCUGCGGUAAACUUUUCCGUUAUCUGUGAGAUCAUUGGCUAAUACACUGUAUAGUUAGACACAGACUUGAAAUUUUAACUUCACUUUUGAGCCUAACCUUAACUUUAGCUGUUGGUAAUAAAUAUAUUUUUAUUAUGUAAAGCGAAAUCGAGUUGGUAUACAAUUUCUGCCUCAACUAUGCAUCAAAUUAGCCGAUGACGUCAUAACUGAAAACGUUAUUGACACAUGCACAACACAUGCGCUUCAACGUACUUAUCACUGCCCAAGCACACACGCGGCCCGAUAAAACCGGCAUUUCAUCUUGUUUCUCCACUUUAUUUGUUUUUUAUUAGUUACCGUUUUUUUAGAAAGUACCUGAGUUUUUCCGAGGUCGAUUUUAUUUCGAAACAUAUUUUUGUAACUUAUUACUUGUGAUACAUAUUUUGAACAAAUUGAUUGAAAUAAAAAAUGAACAGAAAAGAAACGUUACUUUUCUGCUUUCAUGCAAUGCAGUUGUAUAAAUUUUGCUUGCGGGUCGAGUCUAUAAUUCAAAAUCCAAUUGAAAAUUGCUUUGAUGUAUUUAACACUGGCUUUUUCCUUUCGCGGAUUACGUUGUGUGCCUCGCAUCCAGUGUUUCUAAACCCUUUUACUAAUCACAUUAGCGACUAGUAUUUAUAUACACGCAAAAUAUUUUAUAGAACUUAGUUGUCAUUCCUAUUUUUAAUGUUAGGUUUUAGAUACCUUAUUUUUUACGGUUUUAAGUAUACUCACAAUUAUUAAAAUAAUAUCAAGAUCUGAUAAUAACUAAAAAAAGAUUUCGUAUGCCAUGUACAAUUUUUUUAAAUCUUCUGGUAACGGUAAUCCAUUUACAAUUCGAUGGUUGCGGUUAUAAAUUUGAAUAUUAAAUAGUAUACACACUUAUAAAUUUAUCAAUACGUUACUGUGUAAUAUAAUUGUAAUUAUUUGAUGUGUAUUCAUUCAUCAUAAAUUCAAGUUUACCGUGUUAUUGGUGAAUCAAUAAA